GUGUUUGCAUUUUAAAAGCCUAGAAUUAAGAUGCUAUUAUAAGUACGCUAUUGCUUUUAAAUCUCUCCAUAAUAAUAAUAAUAAUAAUCGUUCAUUUUUGUUUCGUGUUCGAGUUGUAAACAUUCUAUUUUGGCUGUGGACGUUGAAUAAUGUCUUUUUGUUGUUGUUGUUGUUGUUAAUUGGAAGAGUACACAUUUUUGUUACCUAUCAUCGAAACAAAUCUUCGCGCGGCACAUUGUUUCCGAUUACAAGGGAAGAAAAAUGGCUCGAUUCCGAAAAGCGUUUGCAUAUUGGAUAAAAUCUGAUAUAUUCAUUCAAUCGAUGGCCAAAAAAUCCAACGGAGGGCCAACCGGAGUCAAGUGUUUGGACAAAGCAGCCACCGCAUUCAGUUCACUGAUUCCUUAUUGUUUUCUAUGUUAAUCAAAUCAAUUUGAAUGAACCCACCGGUGAUUGCGUCGCCACUCCUUUUUUUAUCCACGGUUACCGCCACAUGUUUUUUUUCAGCCACCGUAUUGAAUAGCGUUUAGUUUUUUUUUGUAAAUAUAUAUGAUGUGUGUGUGUGUUCGAAAAAUACUUGUGAUGUGUGAUUUGAUGGAAUUAUUAUGAGGGAACAAAAUUGUAUGUAUUGUUUAUGGUUUAAAAUCGAUAUUAGCUUGGAGAAUGGACUAAAAAUUUCCUCUUUUUUCGAUACUUUCUAUAUGUUUCUUGUUUCUAUAUUGCUUGUGUACAACACAAUAGCGGACGUCGUCUUUUCAACAGAUGGAUGUUUUUUUCUUUUUUGGAUUUUUUUCCACGGCAAUUCCUUUUUCGAUGAAAUAGCUUCAACGAUUUUCUACUCUUUGGAACUCGUUCACAAUUGUUGUUUUUUGGACUAAAAUUUAGCAUUUGCUUAGAUGUUUCGUUUUAAAAAAUAAUCAAAAUCUGUCUAAAAAUCUAUCCAUAUUGUUUUUUUGUUGUUGUUCACAAUCAUUGUUUCAAAAUUAAUUCAUAAAAGAAGCGAUAGUACGAAAGCGAUUAUUUACAGAAUACAAAAAAUAGACACAGACAUAGACUUAAAAAAUAACUGAGUUUUUCACAAUUUCUUCUUCUUCCUUAUUUUUCUUCAAUAUAUUUCUUCGUGUUCCUUGAUCGGCGUGUUAUUUUUGAGCAGUCAUCUCACCUAAUUAGUUUUUAUUAUAAUAAUGCUUACAAUUUCCAUUUUGGAUUUUACAUAUUACUUCCUUGGCCAUAAUAAUUUAAUGUUUCGGUUGUUCGACGCGACAGAGUCGCUUUUCGGCUCAUCGUCUGCGCCGAUGAUGAGCCACUUCGAUGGGGAUGCACAUUCACAUUGAUGUUCAAUGGUGGAAUAUUUGGGUGUUCAAUUCGAGUCGGUGAUGAAACCAUCAGACGCGUAUUAUGCAUCCGAUUUAACGUACUAAUCACUUCAUGUGGCUCCUGAUAGCCCGAGUCAUUCUCAUCGUGAUACAAUUCAGCAUUUGUCGUAUGCAUAUCUUCGUAAUCAAAAUCACUAUAGCCAUUGUUUUCAAAGGCCUGCCAUUCGGACGAGAAGAACGGGAGAAAGAGACGGAAAUUUGAAAUUACAUUUUCGGGACAAAGUUUAAAUUGGAAGUUAACUCAAUUUUCCAAAAAAAAAAUUUACUUUCUACAUAAUUUCCAGAGAAAUUUCAUUUUUUAACAUGAUUUUCGUUUAAAAAAGAAUUUUGCCUGAGUCCACAAUUUCAUGGUAGAGAGAACAGGUGGUAAAAAGUAAAACGUUUACAAAGUGCUUUACCUUAAUUGGAACUUUUCGUGGUGUUCCAUCACGCGUUCGCACAACCGGUCUGUUAUGAUAGUCGAUGAUUUCGUAGUGAUCAUCGUAGUUUGGAUAUCGUUCCACACUCCUCGCAGUAGUCACAAAAUGCCGUGUUCCAUGCGGUGUCAAGGUGGCCCACAGUAAACGUCCUUCUUUGUUAACAUCUUGUUGUAGAUUUUGUUCGUUGGACGGACACGAUGGAUACAGCAUAUUGCCCGACAUAUACGACUGUGAUUUGUCCAUUGAAACGUGCGGUUCGUGGCACAUACUCUUCGGUGGUAAAUGUUUUCGUCUUUUAUUCCUAUAAAUUCGACGAAACAACAACGACAAGAACAAAAAAAGAACAGCACAAUAUUGUAGUAAAAUGUUUAUGAACACGAACACGCAUAAAAAUACCAAAUUAACCAGAUGUAAUCAAAUUGGACUGGCCCACGCUUAAUUUCAAAUUAAAUUAAACGAAAAAAAAAACAGAAGAGAGAAGCAAAACUUAACGAUGUUGUUGGGCGCAUGGCCAAUCGGAGGUGUCAAGCACAGCAGUCAACCCAAUCCGAAUGAUAAGAGUGGAAAAUGCCGUUUUAUCAGUCUGUGCGGAAGUUAUGCAUUGUUUUUAAUCAUUGGAGCCGCUAUAUUCUCUGCCAUCGAAGGACCACGAGUCGAUAAAUAUGAACGAGAGCUGAUUGAAGCGAUAGACAAAUUUUCCCAAAGCUACCCCUGCAUAAAUCAUGAUGAACUGGAAAAAUUCAUCGGUGAGGUGCUAAAGGCCAGCAGUCGAGGUAUAUCGGCAUUGAGGAAUGCAACCAGUGAACCCAAUUGGACAUUUGGCCAAGCACUGUUCUUCUCCACCACGGUGGUUACCACAAUCGGCUAUGGGCAUGUGACACCGCUCAGUCAAACUGGUAAACUGUUUUGUUUACUGUAUGCAAUGAUUGGCAUUCCAUUGACUUUGGUACUUCUGUCGGCUGCCGUCGAACGCUUGAUGACACCCGUGAACUGGCUACUUGGCUCUUUGAACUCUAGACUUGGCCAUUUGUAUCAACCGUUUAAUAUUCGCAUUUUACAUUUGAUCAUCGUCAUUAUCAUCGUUCUAAUUUUGUUCUUUGGUAUACCCGUCGCUAUUUUCACUCACAUGGAAGACGAUUGGACCGCUUUGGACGCUUUUUAUUAUUGCUUUAUUUCGUUGACUACCAUUGGGCUAGGCGAUUAUAUACCUGGAGAUGAUCCGGAUAUUGACUAUCGAUCCAUUUACAAGAUUGGAACCACAUGCUACCUAAUUUUGGGUCUCAUAGCCAUCAUGCUAUCGCUGAACGUAUUCUAUGACAUUCCACAGUUGAAUUUGGGUCAACUGUUCACCGAAUCACGUGCAGCAAACUUUGGCGAAUCCGAAAAAUUGCGAUCCACACACAAUCCAUGCUAUUCCGGCCCAACGGGACUGUAUAUGCCGCAACGUGAUGAAGAAAUCCGUGCCAUAGUUCGAAUACGGCCACACGCCAAUGACGAUUCACCCAGUCCCGAAGAUCCCACACCAAUGCACGCUAAAGACAUUCGCAUCCCCUAGACACACACACACACACACACUUAAAUCGAAAUUAUUCUAUUUUUCUAAAUAAUAACAAUAAUUAGCGACAAUUUUACAUAUCUGUAUCCAAAUGUUUGAACAACAACAACAAGAACAAAAAAAUGGAAUUUAUUUUUCUGGCCAUGAUAUGAUGAUAAUGAUAAUGAUAUAUUAUAUAUGAAAACAAAAAAAUAUUUAUGUGAACAAAGCACCAAUAAAUGCAGAUAUUUACUAAGGCAAUAUACUUAUGAACAACAAACGUGUCAUGACUCAACUUGACAAAUAUAUACAUACACACACCACAUAUGACAUGAUAUAAAUGUAUUUACAGAAUAGUUUCCACUUCAGUCUAUCUAAAUAGUGUGUCAUGAGCAUGAAAAAAAUCAUUCAAACUAUCAAGCAAUUACAGCAACAACAACAAAAACAUAUACACUUCAAGAGCUUCUAUCCACAAUCAAAUCAAAUCAGAUUUUAUCGUACUAUAAUAUUCAAUGUGUCCGACCAUUCAAAAUAUUUAUCAAUCUAUUUGUAGAGAGAGUAAAAUGAGGAGCCUAAAUGAGAAUAAAA